ACCAACCACCUCAGCAACAAACACGAAGAAGGCGGUUAACAGAAUACGAUUACGAACGCCGAGAGAAUCACCACUACGUCGCCGGAGAUUUACAACUCAUAGUGAAAAAUUUGCGGCGGAGUUAACGGAAGGAGAUUCAUACUUACACAAGCAGAGAGCGGAAAUGGAUUCCACCGAGUCCGAAACGACGGAUGAAUCCCCGGAGGAGCCAUCGCAAGAACCUGACUCUAGUGAGAAGCCAACGCACAUACGUUUCCUUGUACCCAAAGCGUUGGCUGGUUAUGUGAUUGGGAAAGGUGGCUCAACCAUCACUCAGUUCCAGGAUCACUCUGGUGCUCAAAUCCUGCUCUCGCGUAAUCAAGAAUAUUUCCCAGGAACGACUUGUAGAAUCGUUGUGAUGUCUGGCACGACUGUACAAGUUCUCACUGCAUUCCAGCUUGUUCUUGCUAAAUUGCACUGUCAGCUUCAAGCUGAAGAUGGUAGUGAUGUUGAGCUUAGGAGAACAAGAGUUGUGAUUCCACACAGUUCAUGUGGAAGCAUCAUUGGAAAAGGAGGAGCCACCAUCAGGUUCUUUAUUGAAAACUCCAAGGCUGGUAUCAAGAUAUCUCCUCUGGACUUCGAGCUGAGUGAUAGGCUAUUGACACUAUCUGGAACCAUGGAGGAGCAGAUGCGCGCAAUUGCUUUGAUUUUGACUAAGCUUACCGAAGAGGAUGAUUACUCCCAGCAAAUGCACUCCCCCAAUUCAUAUAGAAAAGAUUUAGGUCUUCGCAACAUUUUGCACGCAUGGAAAUCGGUGAAGUCACGCAGAUCUCUUGGAAGUAAACAAAAUCACAAGGAAGAUAGUUACAACUCGGUGACAAUAGGUGUGUCGGAUGAGCACAUAGGUGUGGUCAUUGGCCGUAAAGGAAGUCACAUCAUGGAGAUCAGUGAGUCAAGUGGUGCCAGAAUAAAGAUAUCAGGCCGAGGAGGGUUUCUCCCUGGAACUACUGAUAGGAAAGUUACUAUCUCUGGAUUUCAAGCUUCGAUCGAUUUAGCUGUAUCGAUUAUAGAACGUAAAGUUGACAAGGCAUCGAAGAGGAGGGCCAAGGAUGAAACUGACAUGGAUACAGACUAGUUUUUAAAACAAGUGUUCUAGUAUAUAACAUCAAAAUCUCAAUUUCAGAUUAUCAAUAGCUCUUCAACGGUCAAUGCAGGCAUGCCCUUUCUAUGCAAACAUUGAAAUGUCAAAGAGAGGUCAUCAAAUAAAUCUCUUCCGUGUGCAAAGGUGCUAUGUUUAUUUGAUUAGUAGCAUCUCUUUUGUUAGUUUCUUCACUUGUAGCAAAAGUCUUCUACCGUAGCUGUCGCUGAUGUAGCCCUACGGGAAUUGGUCAAUGACGAUAAAGCCCUUCCUUCUGACAACCCCCAGUCACGGUAUUACUUGAAAAUCACUUUACUCUCAUAAAGACGGAACAUUAUGAGAUACAGUACGAGAAGUAAAGAGACGAUUAUGCCCUCAGAUCUGACCACUAUUAACGGUUUUUGCCCAAAUAGGUGACCAUCAAACCAUGCACUCUUGAAACAAACAUAUAGCGUUCUUGUCUGAAAAGAGCAUGAUAGGAUAAUAUAUGACAAUGGACCAACCUGACCAUGUUCGCAAAAGAUGCUUAAACAUCCGAAAGAAAGAAAAAAGACACCCAGCUCAGCGGCUGCGAUCCGGUUUAUCCUAAUUUUACAACAGAGACUCACAUGGUUCUCAAUCCGUCUGAAGAAGCUACAUAGAUA